AUGUAUCUUGAUAAAAACCUCAUCAAGGAACCUCCUAAAGGGGGCUGGCCAUCUAUUACUCCCCAGAGCAUGCGUGGCCUGGGUAAAACAAAGAAAGUCAUAUCACUACUUCGCUAUCUCCCUUACAUUGAUUGUCCGUCUAAUGAUGAUGGGCCUAACGUGCUACCCCACUGCAUGUUUGCCGACUGGAAAGGACGAGUAGAAGAGCACGAAAACGGCUUUCAACCUGGUAGUGAUGCCUCUGAACACGCACGGAUGUCUUCUGAAGGGGUUUCAAAUUAUGAGAACGUGCCUUCUCAUGUUAUUGGUCUUACUUGGGACUGUGAAGAACGGUACUCGUUCUUGCUAGACACGAGACUCGGCAUUAUACACUGGGUUCAGUGCGACCACUAUCUGAUGCAUCAUUCCAGCCGAGCACCUAUUAGAGAAGAUGCCUACGAUUACGCCCCUGUAAAUGAGGCCGAAACAUUUCGUGAUGCUGGAACAUGGGCUAUUCCAGACUUCUUCCAAGUCUUGAAAGAGCAGUACCAGAAGCUUACCUUUCUUCCGCAGAGUGCAACAAGGGUACUCGAUGUAAAGGCGGCGGAGCACCCAGAUGAUGCAGGGAAGAAUCGGCUAAUAAAAGGCAUCUUUCGCCAGCAUGGGUGGCCGAAUAUGCGGAAUUAUCGGAAAGAUGAUUGUCUGAAAGCUAUUCGAAGCGCUUUGGUGGAGCAUAAUUACUCGACCGAUGAAUGGUGA